AUGUUCAGCGACCUCGACCGCAUGGAGCGGGAGCUGUCGUCCUUCGUCCCGGACGUCCGCGCGAUGUGGGCGCUGCCGGAGCCCGACGCGGAGGACCGCCGCGAGACUGCGGGCGAAGAGAACAAGCAGCUGUCGACACAGCACCAGCAGCGCUUCUGGGCGCCGCGGCUCGACCUCUCUGAGACCGACAAGGAGAUCGCGCUGCACGUCGACCUCCCGGGCGUCGACAAGGGCGACAUCAAGGUCAACGUGUCGCCCGACAAGCGCACCCUGACCAUCUCCGGGAAGCGCAGCCGGGAGGUCAAGGAGAACGGGUACUACGAGCGCGCGUACGGGUCCUUCUCGCGCUCCGUGCGCCUCCCGCGCGGCGUGGACGUGACCGGCAUCCAGGCCUCGAACAAGGACGGCGUGCUGCAGGUCACGAUCCCCAAGGUCGAGACCAAGGAGGAGCAGGGCAUGGAGAUCGAGAUCCAGUGA